AUGACUCAAUCUCCCUCGCAUCCCUCAUCGCACGGUUCCGACUCUUCCAAUGCAAACCAGGACACCCCAAACACUGGCAUGCAUGUGGGUCAAUUUCCCUGGCCCCAUCCCGCACACAUGCAUCAUCCAGGCCAUGCCCCCGCACCCCCCCGCUUCCCGUACGGUGUCCCUCCCCCAUACGCGCAUGCUGGAGUUGUGCAUCACACGCCCCAAGCGGGACAACAUGGUCAUUUCCCUCCUGCGGUGGUCCACGUUUCGCAUGCCACUCAUGUUGGCCCAUACCCACCGCUGACUGCUGCCGCUUCUCCUCCACAACACCCAUCCGCACCCCCCAUGUACCAUCGACCCUUCCCGUCGGGGCAUUUUCCAGGAGUCACGACCUCCUAUGCAACUCACACAUCGUACCAAUCAUACCUCCAUCAGCAACACGGGGCCGGGCUGGUAACGGGCUCUGCUUCUCCAUCUCUCCCUCAAGCACCAAGUUUGUCCGUCGGCGAGAAGCGCGUCGCAAAAAACCUCCAAGACCGUAACCUCAAGCGAAUUAAAAUGGGCUCCGGCAGGAUAAAGGACGACCCGCUCUUUGAACCUAUGUUAGAUCAACAUGGUCAACACGAUGGGAGAUAUGUGUGUUCUAAGGAUGGCCAGCUCGUCCGUCCUGGCAGUUAUAAACGCCAUCUCAAGACAGAAAAACAUCUUGGUCACAAACCAACGGAAUUCACAUGCCCUGGUUGUCUGGAAACUUAUACCCGACGUGAUAUGUGCAAGAAGCAUUGGGACAACAGGUGUGGAAAGCUAGCAGCUAAUGGUCGGCUAUCCUACGCAGCCGCUUCCCAAGCUUUCACGACUUUGACUUCUGCUUUAGCUACUGCGUCAUUCAUGCCCCGUUUAUCCGCGACUGCCACGAUGACGUCCCAUAGCUCACCACCUGAGAUCAUCCCGACAGACACCACAAACUCUUAUUCCUGGGCAGCUAGUGACACACAGGACUCUCCUUUGGUGGCACCCGUACUUCCUCCAUUCGAAGGGCAAGACACCGAGGUCCACGAUCCUUUGGUGGCUAAUGCGAUGCAAGAACCUCCUUUGGUGACACCCGUGCUUCCCCCAUCUGAAGUACGAGAGCUUACACUCGCAGAGGUCCGCGGAUGCAUUCCCUUUUGGAGGUGGAUUAAUGACACGGAGGGCCUGGUGGAUCCCCUCCCUUCCAUCACUGAGCCUCCAUCCUCUCGCCUGCCAGAGGCUAUGCUCGCAGACGCCGCCGAAGACCCGGAUGUUUGA